UUUCGCUUUCAUUGUGGAUUUCGGUGCGCGACUGGUGAGAACGCGAAAAAUUGUAGGAAAAAUCGAAUCGCUGUAAAUUGAAUUUAGGGCAGAAAAAGUUUUGCAGAUAAUUGUGAAAAUAUAUCAUUUAGCUAGCUAUAGAAACAAAUGCAAUUAAUGCAUUUUGAAGUGCUCAAUUAAUUUUGUGAUUGUAGUGCGCCACAUUUUUGGGUGUUCACGCGCAAGCAAAAUACAGAAAAAAGAGGGGUGAAAAAUUGCAAAGCGGAAAAUUUUCGUGCUGUCGGUAGAAAUAGAAAAAAGGGCAAAACAGUGGACGAAAGAGAAACGUAAAAAAUAGAUUGGUAAUACGAACAAAAGAAUGAAAACAACUUUUUUAUAGAUGAGUGUCAAUUAAAACAAUUAAUAUAGUGAGGAUUUGGAAUGCUGCAGUCGCUGCUAAUAGGAAUUUGACAAAAGAAAUCAAUUGAUGUAAAACACAUAGAAGAAAGUUUAAACUUAAGAUGGGCACAGAAGAGCAAACGCUUGGGGAUGAGCCUGCUGCCCCGAUGAAAGCCUCGGACAACAAUCAAAACUUCAACACAACAACUGACACGGUCCAACAAUUGCAACAUGUACAACUUCCGAUAGCAUCGGCAGCGCCGCAAGUGAUAAUUAUGCCUGCCUCGCAAACGUCGACUGCAGCCACAAAUGCCGCCAAGAAAAUACGUCGAGCUUUCUCCAUGCCUCGAAAUCCCUUCCGGUGGUCGCGCAAAUUUAAAACUUCCACUUCAGCAGUAGAAAACGCCAGCAGUGCUGGUGGCAGUAACAUAGCGAUAUCGUCGUGUGUUGGUGGGGGUCGUGGGCGCGCCGGUAGCAUCGUUUCGCUGAGCAGCUACGAAGCCAUUUCUAAGGAUGCUAAUGGUAGCAACGACAGUGGGGUUGGCGCUUCUGAUGAAUCUAAAACUGGCGGUAGAAUAAAAAGAGAUGUUAUUGUCAAAGCAGUGGAACAGAAAAUAAUAAAUGGCAAACCAGUUUCCGGUGGCAAUGAGAUUAGCAACACUGCCCCUGCUUCCAAUUCCAAUCGUGUUCUAAGGCGCUCAUCAUUCAGGAAGUUUCUAAAUCGUAUUGCACAGCAUGUCAGCACGUCAAUUAAUGUUGGGGCGAACAAGAAUGCUACGUUGUCCGCAUCUGCAACCGGUGAUCGCGUGCCACCCAUUGGCAACUAUCAAUGGCCAGCCGAUCAGACACCUGGCGUUAUGGGACUCAAGAAUCACGGCAAUACAUGUUUCAUGAAUGCAGUGCUACAGUGUCUCAGUCACACUGACAUACUGGCCGAAUAUUUCGUAUUGGAUCAAUAUAAGGCUGAUUUAAAGAGGCGCAACAAAAUCAAUUCACGAAAAUUCGGUACAAAAGGAGAGCUUACGGAGCAGUUGGCCAAUGUACUGAAGGCGUUGUGGACAUGCAAGAAUGAGAGCGAUCACAGCACCAGUUUUAAGGCUGUUGUAGAUCGCUACGGUUCACAAUUUCGUAGCUCAACACAACAUGAUGCUCAAGAAUUUCUGUUUUGGCUGCUGGACAAGGUGCACGAGGACUUGAAUACGGCUACGAAACGGCGUUACAAAAGUGUAAAGAAUUCCUAUGGCCGUCCUGAUGAAGUAAUCGCCGCAGAAACGUUGGCAAAUCACAUCCGCUGCAACAAUUCCUUCGUACAAGCGGUGUUCCAGGCACAAUUCCGCUCGUCGCUCACUUGCCCACGCUGUAAAAAACAAUCCAACACAUUUGAUCCGUUCCAUUGCAUUUCGGUGCAGUUGCCACAGUUGAUGCAACAGACAGUUUUCGUAACUGUGGUAUAUCUGCAACGAGAACCGCGACAAAUAAAGAUCGGUAUAAGCGUGCCCACUGGUUCGCCCAUUGUCGCCUUACGCGACCAAUUACAAACAGAUACUGGCAUUCAGGGCAAAAGCAUGGUGCUAGUUGAUAUAAACAAAGAAGGAUUUACGCGCGUCUUCUACGACUCACAACCAGUAGCUACAUUAAGUGGUAUCGAAUCGAUUUAUUGUAUCGAAGUACCCGAAAUAAAGAACGCGCCAGCAACGGUAUCAUCGAAAACAGUUGCAUCCGAGGAGAAGGAGAAGAAGAAGGAGGACAUAAUUGGCACCACCAAUGCUAAUUCCAAAACUAGUGGCGCGGCAACGAAUUCUAUCACAAAUUCAACAGAGGCCAACAAGAUAUGUGCAUCUGGCAAAACUACCGAUACUAAUGCCAAUGCCAAUUCCAAUGCAGCUGGCCCCAAGGUCACAAAUACUCCAUCCACUGCCAGCACUACAACGGAGCUAAUUUUACUGGUCGCGAAUGUGCGCAAGCGGAAAGUAGCUGUUGAAGGUGAUGAAGCAGCGAAAGUCAACGGUCCUGUCUAUACUGUAGAACGGUUUGGCAUGCCAUUUAGCUUGCUAGCAGCACGAGAUUGUUCUUAUGCCGAUUUACAAAAACUACUUUUAUGCGAAAUGGCGUCAUUGCUAAAACCUGAAGUUUUCUCGAAUGCAAAGCCACUCAGUGAUAUGUUUCAAAUGCGUCUCCAGGAUCCAUCUGCAGAUCCAGACACAUACCUGCAGAAUGUUGAGCACCCGCUUCUAACGGAGAUGGUCGAUUUAGCAUUAUCAGUACUCUCGGCGGAGGCUGGACCACCACAUAUAAAACUUUUGCUCGAGUGGUCUGAGCCCGAAAAACAUUUUGCGGAUCUCAGUGAUAAGGUAGUGGAAGACGAAAGUGUACCGCGUUUAAGCAACGAUGGCAAAUCGAAGACGGCAAACGACACUGCAGUACUUACUUUAGAGCAAUGUCUUGAGCACUACACCAAAGCUGAAACAUUGAGUGCCGAGGAUGCCUGGCGCUGCCCACACUGUCAGCAAUAUCUGCCGGUUGUGAAGACGCUAGGUCUAUGGUCGCUUCCUGACAUAUUGGUGGUGCAUUUCAAGCGUUUCCGUCAGCACCACGAGAAGGGCGCAAAUGCGGCAAAACUUACCACUAUGGUAAAAUUCCCGUUAAAUGCAUUCGAUAUGUCACCGCAUUUGGCGCGCGGCGAUGAAGAGGAGGAAGGACCGCGCACAACGCUCAGUGUGACUGCUGCUUUGGACAUGGGGCCGCAUAGUCGCCCAAGUCCAUGGAAAAAGACACGUUCAGGAGACUCCCGAUCAUCCACGCUUAGCUCACGAGAUAACAGGGAGACGCGUUAUGAUUUGUACGCUGUGUGCUACCAUCAAGGGGAUACGCUCGAGACGGGUCACUACACUGCCGCAUGUAAGAACCCCUACGAUAGGCAGUGGUACAAAUUCGACGAUCAAAGGGUUUCCAAGGUACCCAACGAAUCAAUCGAAGAAGAGAUAAUUAAUAAUGAGGCUUACAUGUUAUUUUACCAACGUCGCACCGGGGAUGCAACUGAAUGCUCCGGUUCGAGUUCGAAUUCUGGCGAUCACUGGGUCUCGCGAAUUGCACCGCCUCCAAUGGCAGUGGUUGAGAAGAUAAUCGCCACCGAGGAGAAACUCGUUGAAGAAGAUAUAUCCGAGGAUCGUAAGGAAGUUGUUAUUGUCGCUUCAGCUCCAGCGAUUGACACAACACCUGGAAAAGCUGACGAAAAAUCCGUGGAUAUACCAAAAUUGAAGGAACCUGUACAUGAAGUGGACGCAGUUGUCAAUGAAAAUACAGAAACGGCUCCAAUGGUUGUGGACAUUGAAAAGAUUUCAGUCGAUAUUGAAACGCUAGACUUUGUUGAUGCGGACGCUGUCGCUAUUGACGUUGAGGUUAAUGCUGAUUGCAAGAAGGAAAUUGUUAAUAGCAUCGCUAAAUCCCUUAAAGAAGAAUUUAUGGCCAGUAGCGUUGGCGACAAUCAGAUCUUCGUUAUGGACGAAGACUGUCAAUCUGAAGAAAGUCAAACACAAACAAAAAUACCACAAUCCGUGAACAGCGCAACAUCUGUUACCAAAUUACAAUCGUCACCCGUAUCGACUUCCAGGGCGAUGGCAGUAUCGACGACGACGACGACUGAGGCGACGCUGAUACCAGCUUGUGCGACACCAUCAAAAGCACCUGCUAGCACCUCAGCAAAUAGAGUAUUAACAGUAUUAACCAAUGGCUAUGCUAUAGAUAACUCCACAUUGCCAAAUCGGGGGCCAAUGAGCCUUGUGCAUGCCGAAAUAAUUGGUAAACCCAACACUCCGGGCACGAGUCUCAUUCCCAUGUCUGCAAUUCCAGUCGGUAUUAAUGGUAGCCGCAUUAGAAAUUCCUCAACUUCCUCCUCCAGUUCAUCGCUGUCGUCACAUUCUUCGCCACACUCGCUAGCCGCGUCCAUACAUGGCGCUUCGACAUUACAAAACAAGUUUAAUGGAUUCACAGCCACUUCGGGCACAGCGAGCAGCAACUACAAGGAAGUAUUACUCUCUAGCAGCCUAAAGAGUAAUAGUAGCAGUAUUAUUAGCGCUGCAGUGGCAGCGCAUACAGCACACGAACUCCACUUAUCGCGUCAUCAGCCAUGGCAUGGUAGUCGUUCGAGUGUCUCAGCACUGGAGAGUGGAACUCAAGCUAACAAUCAUCAGCACGUGCAUGGCCUCAAUCUAAGGCAUUCGUUCUCCACCAGUUCAAAUUGUAAAUUACGCGAAUGUAGCGAAACGUUAUCGUCAAUGUUGCGUAAUUCUACUAAUACAUGCAGCAAAGACACUUUGAUAUUUAUCGAUCAGCAGAACCACCAUCAUCAUCACAGCUUAAUCGAAGACGAUGACGAUUCGUUCAUGGGCAGCCGAUCACUUUGGAUUUCCCCGGUAACGCCACACAAACUUAUAACGGUCUCACCCAAAAACUGAGGUGUCGCUCCUUAGUGAACUUCAAUAAGAAUUAUAACAAUUGAUAAUACAAAUAUACAGCAAUUCGGGAAUGAAUAAGAGGAUUAACGGUAGAAGCUAAGCAUCAUUGGCGUUUUCGCUAUUGACUUUAUGUAAAACGCAAUUGAACGAUUUACCAAGGAAGCGAUUCCUUUUAAAUUUAAGAAAAUUGUGACCAAAUUUAUAUAAAUAAAUGUACGUGUAUGUAUGUAUUUGAUAUGUAUGUAUGCAUGUUGCAUUCUGUAGGCAAUUGCAGUCUUUAGGUGACAUUUAGUUACGUACAAAAAAGUGUCGAUAUUUAUGUAUACGACACUUAAUAUCCGCUAAGAGGCAAACAGAUAUUAAAUGAUAUAGCAAUAGCAAUUUACAAAUCAUUAUAAAUAGAUUAAUACCAGUGAAUGUAGUUUGAAUGCACAGAUGAAUAAAUUAUUGUAAAAAUACAUGUUAACUACGGGCUUAAGUGAAAUUGAAAAGUUAUCAGAAGUUGGCUUAUUGAUUGUUGCUACAUUUUACAUAGUUUGGUCAGAAGCAGGAGUUGUGCAAAUAUAAUGACAGUUUGAUAUAAAUAUAUAUAUAUAUAUAUAUAUAUAUAUAUGAAAUUAUCUAAACAGGUAGAUAGGUACGACCACGUUGUGGUGAAUUAUGUUUUGGUGUGCUCAUCUACAAAUAUAUGCAUAACGUGGGAAACUCUGAAAUACGAUAUUUGUAUGUAUGUAAACAUGUGAUCAUGUUAAUCAUGUAUUAAUAUAAAAAUACGAUUAUAUUUACAACUGUAACAUUAAUUAGUGCUGUAAGUAACUAUUAUUCAAAUAUCGUUUUAAAUUAUUAUUUUGUAUAGCCGGGUUCAAGAGUAUUGCAACAUUUUUUAUAACUGAAGAGUGCGAAGAUAGUCCAAUGUUCGCUUUGCUUAUUUUAUAGAUGCAGCGACAGCAGUAGGAAAUAUCUCUUUUCUUGUUAACUGUUGAAACGGCAUAAAACAUUCCUCAUAAACCUGUACGGAAUAGUACUGGAAAGACAAUCAAUCGGCCCUAUCACCAAUUCCAUGUGAAUAAAUCUUUCCCAUAAUUUUACAUGGAAAACAAAAGCAAAUUGGGAAAAAUUGUUUUUGUGUUGUUUUAUAAUUAUUUUUGGGAAUAUUUGUUGACGUGAAAUUCGCGAUAGUGCCGAAUGCUUUGCCGAAUAUGUGAAUAAAAAUUCAACUUGAGUUUCGGCUCAGUUUUCGGAAAACUGCUUAACUCAAGCAACAGCAACUUGCUAGUGCUUGUGGAUGUGCUUGGUACGUUUUACCCAAGUCGGUCUCGUAUCGUAAAACCGGUCCUCAUGAUUUAUCCGAGUCAAUUAAUGCAUUUCCAACAGAAUGAAUUAUAAGCUACAGUCGGUUCUGCAUAACCGGAACGACUCAUAUUAGCAUAUGUACUACAUAUAUGUCUGGCCAAGAACCGUCAAUUCAGCAAAAAAAUAAAAUUAAAAUAAACUUUUGGCGCUUAGUCUUUUGCCAAGAAUUUGUCCCACCUUCUUCUCCAACUUGUCCGUCUUGAUGUUGAAACACAAAAAAAGGGACCUAAGUUUAACGCCGCCUCCGAACGACAAAUGGUAUUAAUGGGAAGCCUUUUCAGGACAGAAAUAUGCUCGGAGGAUUGUCAUUGCCUUUAACUGCGCGACUAUCGGUCACUUCAGCAACAUUCCGCAAAUUGGGGGAGUUUGCAUGUUGUUACAACAGUGACAACAUUAGUGCGAAAUAUUUCUCUGGAACCCAUCUCUCAAAAUUCCUAAUUUUUAAUUUUUUUUUUCUAAUUUUGGAAAAGCCUGUAUACACACUUUUUCUUAUUUUUUGCAUUAAAAUCAAUUAUAGAUUAAUAUUUAUCUAAUAUACAUUUUAUUACUAUUACUCUUAUACAUAUGCAGGUAUAUAUGUUUGGAUCGCGGUGUCCAUAGGCACCAAAAAAAGUUUUUUUCAACGGUGAAAAAUUAAUAGUAUCGCAAUGCCAGCUUGCACAUUGAUCUAAUUAUUUUAAUACACUCAUGCAUUGUUUAGCAGUCGCAAUGCAUUUUUAUGUGCAACGUGUUUUUAUGUUUUAAUUUUAUAUUCAAUAACUAAAAUUAGCCUCAUUUACUUUAGCUUUAGAUUUUACGCAAAAUGACGCAAAAUAAUUGCAAUACUGUUUGUACGAACGAAACGAAAUACUGUUUAAUUAUUAAAUAAUUAUAUUUCAGAAGAUUUAUUGAUACAAACCUACAUACAUAUGUCUAUGUAUACGUAACUUAGCACCUUGCAAUAAGCUAAAAACCAAAUGUAAUACUUCAAAGUAGAUUUUAAUUAAAAUCAAUUAUAUAAAAGAAGCAUAUGCCUAAGUAUAUUAAAUAAACAUAAAAAAAAUUU